UGCGCAUGCGCUUCGCAUGGCAUUCCUUGGUCGGCGCGUGCGCGUAGCCGUCUACCCGAGUCGCCUGCUGCAAAAGUAGGGUACUCACAAAAGACAAAUUUGGUGGGGAAGAGGAAGUAGAGUUGAGGGUCGUAUCUUCCACUGAACCUUGCAGUUUGAAUCUCUUCUCUGGCAGUACCUGUUAAAUGAUUUUAGUCCGCUCCUUAAUGAAAAUGGCAGCCAACAACGCAGUUUUGAAUAGACUGGAGCAGAAGGGCGCUGAAGCAGAUCAAAUUAUUGAAUACCUUAAGCAGCAAGUUGCUCUUCUGAAAGAAAAAGCCAUCUUGCAGGCAUCUCUGAGGGAAGAGAAGAAACUACGUGUUGAAAAUGCUAAACUUAAGAAAGAAAUUGAAGUGCUAAAACAGGAAUUGAUCCAAGCAGAAAUUCGAAAUGGAGUGAAACAAAUAUCUGUGCCACCUAGUGAGACGGCUUCUGCAGUUUCAUUUUCCAAGGAUCUCUCUCAGACAUCAUCUGCUGCCGAAGCUCUAUCUGAUCCUAAGGAACAAAUCAAGGGACCCAGUGAAGAAAAGAAGAAGAAAGACAAAACAGAAAAGAAAGGAGAAAAGAAAGAAAAAAAGCAGACAGCUGCAAAUGAUGAUUCAAAGCCUUUAGAUGUUUCUCGACUUGAUCUUCGUAUUGGUUGUAUUAUGACGGCAAAGAAACACCCAGAUGCUGAUAGUCUUUAUAUUGAGGAAGUUGAUGUUGGAGAAGCAAAUCUAAGAACUGUUGUCAGCGGUUUGGUGAAACAUGUUCCUUUAGAAGAGAUGCAAAACCGGAUGGCUGUGUUUCUCUGCAACCUAAAACCAGUAAAAAUGAGAGGAGUGGUGUCCCAAGCCAUGUUGAUGUGUGCUAGCACACCAGAAAAAGUGGAAAUUAUAAUUCCUCCUAACGGAGUUGUUCCUGGAGAAAAAAUUACAUUUGAAGGUUUUUCAGGUGAACCUGAGAAAGAACUUAAUCCCAAAAAGAAAAUAUGGGAGCAGAUCCAACCUGAUCUUCAGACUAAUGACCAGUGUAUUGCUACAUACAAAGGAGUGCCGUUUGAAGUGAAAGGGAAAGGUGUGUGCAGGGCUCCUUCAAUGGCCAACAGUGGAAUCAAAUAAAUGAAAGCUUGGAAAAGUUUGAAAUAAUUUUGAAGGGAAAAACAUGAACAUAAAUAAAUAUUGCCUCACUGAAAA